AUGGCGUCGGACCCGGAGCUAAAUGAGACACGGCGCUCGUUCUUCAGCCGUCAAGGCCUCGCCUCGCUCAUGUGGCAGCCGCCCGGAGCUGACGAGACGACGACUCGGCUGCCACACGCAGACGACUCACAGGCAGACACUCUCGUGCGCGACGCAUACAUUAAGAGGCUGGGGCUGAAAAUGGCGGAUGGUGGGCAUGCCUCCUGGGGAACGGUGCGUGUCUUGGGGAAGAACGUGGACGCUGAGAUCGUCAGCAGCGAGGCCAGCUUCGCCUGCCUCGCGGCUGACACGGAGCUCAACCUUGUCGCGGAGCUCCUCAAAGCCAACUGGAGGCUGCGGCCUCCGUCGGUGCUGCUGUCAGUCACAGGGUCUGCCCAGGACAUGGCUCUCGAGCCGCACCUCGAGCUUCUCUUCAAGCGAGGGCUCGCCGAGUCUGCGCGCUCGACCAACGCAUGGGUCAUAACGGGCGGUACCGACAGCGGGGUGAUGGCUCUGGCGGGCGCAGCGAUCGCCGAAAACUCCUCUGCCCGAGGAGAGUUGACGCCUUGCAUCGGGAUCGCGCCAUUUCGGUGCGUAACGGGCAAGGACAAGCUCCACGGACCGGGCGCCGGAGAGCGCACCGUCAGCUAUCGAAAGGUGAGAGCAAACUCGACAGUGUCGGCCGCCCUCGUCAAGGCGAAGUCGACGGAGCACUUCUUGAUGAACCGCGUGCUCAAGCUGAAGGGUUACCUCGUGCAGUACGUCGUGCCCAUUCCCUUCAACAUGCCGUACAUGCUCUGGGACCUCAUGUGGCAAGGCGUCGCCUCGCUCGGCGCGUACUGUCGCAGGGCGGGGCGGCGGCCAAACGCGGGAGUCCUCGGCAUCAAGCAGACCCGCGUCGGCAUCGAGCCUGUGCAGGAUCUCGAGAAGCCGCUCGCCAGCCCGCCCAAGAAGGUCUGUUUCGACCUGGCCGAUGACAACGAGGCGGCCAAUGGGAACGGCGCGCCGAGGCCACUUCAGAGGCAGGGGACACUCGGGCGUUUGGAGGCGAGCCGAAAGCUGCUGCGGCAAAACACGCGGCGGCAGCUGGCGACCGUGCGAGCCGUCAAGAAUGUGCGGAAGGAGGCGUCCACCUCUGUCGCUCGCUCGGUCGACUUGACGGAGGCGCAUGCGCGCGAUCGGUACCUCAAGCAAAUAGAGGAGGAGGGGGCAACGGCCGCAGACUUCAGCCAGCUGGAGGUGCGGCUCAGGCGACUCGAAGGCGCCCUCACCGCCCAGCUUCGCGAGCUGGCCUCGCAGCUAGAGGCGCGGCCCGCCUUGCCGCCGCGCGCAUCUGGCGCUUGCGCGGCGCAGACGCCCUCGCCGCGCGAGAUGCAGUCUGCCGUGUCAGGGGACGAGACGGCGCCGUCGAGGAGUGCCGUGGUCGCUGGCUCGCCCCUGAUGCGCUUCCGCCGCGGCAGGGAGCCUUCACAUCGCUCGCCGCCGCCGCCGCCACCGCCGAGGCCCUUCCUCUAG